CCACCCGCCACCUCGCCUGGAUGUAGGAGGCCUGGCCGAGCGGUGACACCGAGGGUGACACCCCCAUCCCGGCGGUGGGCGACGACGGGGACCCCCCCGCGCCCCCCCAGCCCUCGGGGGCACCAUGAAGGACCGGCUGGAGCAGCUCAAGGCGAAGCAGGACGCGGAUGACGACACGGAGGAGCUGGAGAUCGCCGUGGACAACACGGCCUUCAUGGAUGAGUUCUUCUCGGAGAUCGAGGAGACCCGGCAGAACAUCGACAAGAUCUCGGAGAACGUGGAGGAAGCAAAGAAGCUCUACAGCCUCAUCCUCUCAGCGCCCAUCCCGGAGCAGAAGACCAAAGAUGACCUGGAGCAGCUGACGGCGGAGAUCAAGAAGAUGGCCAACAGCGUCCGCAACAAGCUGAAGAGUAUGGAGAGGAACAUUGAGCAGGAUGAGGCGCGAUCCUCCGCCGACCUCCGGAUACGCAAAUCCCAGCACUCUGUCCUGUCCCCCUUGGGCUGGGACAUGCCACAUCCUCGGUGUCCUGUGUCUCAUGUCACUGUCCCCACCCCUGGCUCUUCCUCCUGCCCUAUGUCCCAAGGCUGGGGACAUGCCAUGCCCAGAUUGUCACCGGGAUCCAUGAUCGACCGCAUCGAGAACAACAUGGACCAGUCCGUGGGAUUUGUGGAGAGGGCCGUGGCUGACACCAAAAAGGCUGUGAAGUACCAAAGUGAGGCCAGGAGGAAGAAGAUCAUGAUCAUGUUGUGCUGCAUCAUCCUGGCCAUCAUCCUGGCCUCCAGCAUCGGGAGCAUCUUCGCCUGAGCCCCCCUCCCGCUGCCCUCCAGGUGACCGGGACAGGGACAGCGGGUGGCACGGGGGGUCCCCGCCUUCCCCAAUCCCAGGGGAGCGGCUUUGGGCCUCGGUGGGGUUUGAUCCAGGUGGGAUUCACCCCCUCGGGUGUCGGGGAGGGAGUGGGAGCCACGUCCCUUUCCUGGGUGUCACCUCUUGUCCCUGUCACAGGUGGCUCUUCCCCCUCCUGCCCCCCGCCCGGAUGAUCCACGGGAGAGACCCCGGCCUGCCAAGCCCCUGGUCCCUGGAGCCCCGAGGACACCCCGACACGUCCCUGGAGGAGUGGAGCCCCCCUGCCGUGCUCCCCCAGUUCCCAGCUCCUCAUCCUGCUCUCCUCGGGUGAUGGCCGGUGGCACGGAGCGGCCGGAGGGGCCGUGUCCCUCUGCGGGGGGCACACGGGGGCUCUGCCUUGCUGGGAUGGCCGGAGGAGCCUCUUCCCUGCGCUCGGAGCUCCUUGGAUGUGCAGCCACCCACGCCAGAGCCUUCUUCCUCAAUAAAGAGCUCACCCACACUCUGCCUCCUGCUUCGAAUCCCGCCCCAUUUAUCCCCCAGGGUGGUCCCAGUUCUGUGUUUCCAGCUCCAAAACCCAUGUCAGGAUAAAGAGCCUUGUGUCUCAAACCACUGAAUCCUCCAGGAUGCUCCAAGUUCCAUGAUUCCA